AUGUUUUAUGCACAACUUUUCACCUCUAAACGAGGGACUCUAGCCAAAAUCUGGCUCGCAGCCCAUUGGGAGAAGAAAAUUACCAAAGCACAUGUGUUUGAAUGUGAUCUUGAGAACACCAUCAAGGAAAUAUUAUCCCCCCAUAUUAAAAUUGGUCUGCGAACUUCAGGUCACCUUCUUUUAGGUGUUGUCCGGAUAUACUCUAGGAAAACCAGAUACCUUCUCACCGACUGCAGUGAUGCAUUGGUCAAAAUUAAAGUGGCUUUCCGGCCAGGACAGACGGAUCUGCCUGAGGAUGCUUUUGAGGCCACGUUUAAAGCUAUCACUCUACAAGAGGACUUCACUGACUUCGACUCUCAGCUGCCUGAUCUCAACACCAUUGAUGUGGUAGACCACUUCUCUUUGAAUCAGUGUCGCACAGAAGAUAUCACUCUAAAAGAGAACCUUGGGAACAGCUUUCUCACCUUGGAUGGCAUAGGAGAAGAAACCCAGUCUUAUGAGGGACUGUUUGAUCAGAGUUUACAAACUUUCAGUGUCCAUGGCGACUGCUUUGGUGAUGAGGAAAUGGCUGUUGACCUCAUUGAUUUUAUAGCAAAUGAUAGUAAGGAUACUCUGGUGACAGAUUUCAAUGAGAACACUCCCAAUGAAUUACCAGCUACACCUCCACCAACCGCUGUCAGUUUAGUAGAGCCAGAGACUGUGAUACCAGACCUUUCCUGUUCAGACACACAUAUGAACAGUCCAACCUUCACUGAGACCACUUUUCUGGUGAAUGCAGAGGAAGGCUUCGCUCUUGCACCUGUUGCUGCCACACCAACUUCAACUAGGAAAAGAGGGAAGAGGAAGCGCAAGCUGCUGGUUGAUCGGUCAAAGCAACUUACUAAUGAUGACAUCAGGGACCAACUGGCUGACUAUUCUGACCUUUUGAUCUCAUUGGAGAUAGCCCCGCCCACACGGCAGCUCAUGGAGUGGAAGGAAAACGGUGGGGUCAGGCAACUGCUGUCUCAUUUCGAACUUCAACCCUUACACUCCGACUUAAAGCAGCUGUUCCCUUGUGACUCAUCACCUAGGAGAAAGAGGUUGGUUGGAGGAGUGAGAGAGCAGACUGACCCCGAAGAGAUGAGAGAGCAAAGCAGAGAGGCAGACAGAGAGAACACUGCUCAGACAGUGUUGGAUGACUGGAGUUUACUGGAGGUGUCUGUGGCUCCAGAUAAAGCAGCAGAUGCAAACACCUCUGUAGAACCAUCUAUCACUCAUACACAACCUCCACCUCCCUGGAACACCACCAGUGAGACUGGGUUGGAGGUGUCAUAUCCAGAGCCUCACUCUGAGGACUCCAUGCUGGUGCACCCAUCUGCAGGGAUGAGGGAAACUCCAGUGGUGACAAAAAGGAAGACACAGUCUGUUCUGGAUAGUCAGGAUGUGGAGGACAAGAGAAUGACCAGUCGAGCACACAAACUCCUCCAGGCCCUGAAAAGCCAAGACAUCUCGGCCAGUGCCACGUACAGUCUUAACGCCAUGUGUGAGGGAAGCACUCGUUCCUACGCAGCAGCUGUAUUCUUCUGCCUGCUGGUGUUAAGGAAACAAGAAGCCCUCGACCUGCACCAGAGCACUCCCUACAGUGACAUCAUCGCCACACCUGGGCCUCUCUUCCACUCAUUUUAG